CUGUAAGCUACAAUGAGUGGAAGAGGUAAAACCGGGGGAAAGGCUCGCGCCAAGGCCAAGACUCGCUCUUCCAGGGCGGGACUGCAGUUCCCCGUCGGCCGUGUUCACAGGCUUCUCCGCAAAGGCAACUAUGCCCAGCGCGUCGGUGCCGGAGCUCCGGUGUAUUUGGCCGCUGUGCUCGAGUAUCUGACCGCUGAGAUCCUGGAGUUGGCUGGAAACGCCGCUCGGGACAACAAGAAGACCCGCAUCAUCCCUCGACACCUGCAGCUGGCGGUGCGCAAUGACGAGGAGCUGAACAAGCUUCUGGGUGGCGUGACCAUCGCUCAGGGUGGUGUGUUGCCCAACAUCCAGGCCGUGCUGCUGCCCAAGAAGACCGAGAAGCCCGCGAAGGGCAAGUAAACUGACGGAACCUUCUCUGCAAACCAAAGGCUCUUUUAAGAGCCACCCAAUUUCUCCAUGAAAGAGUGAUUUCAUUUGUCCGAUU